AUGUCCGAUUCUUUUGACCUCUGGGGAGCUUCCCUGUGCUGGGGGUACGAGGACCUUCCAGCUGCACCACGGCUGGAAAAGCAAGGUGCGGCCGAAGAGAAGGCUUCCUCGCCCCCCGCGGUUCAGCGAGGCGUCCGGGACAGCCUGCAGGAGAGGCCGCAAGCGAACAUCCUGUCAACGCAGGACAUCGAUGACCAUGAGGCAUCGUUCGAUUGCGGGGCGCAGGAGGCAUUCCAUGUGCAGGACUCGGCAGUGAGCUCCACAGUCAGGUCGGCCACAAAGCGUACGAGCUCUGAGGGCGCAAUCAGCUCGACGAGCCCUGCCCGUGCUUCCGAGCAGAGCGGGGCUGUUGAGAAAGCUCCGUCCCCUUUCCGCGAGGCAUGCGAGGCGCAGCUUGGCUUGCGACGACACGCAGAUUUAUGUCUUGCCUCCCAGCUCUGGUGCAGGAGACGAAGAGGGUGGUGUCCAGACAUUGGCCUACAUGUCCCCUGCCGUAGCCCUGGAGGCAUUGAGCCCUCCAGCACAAAAUGUCGACACGCUGCAGUACGAAAUGCGCGAGGAGGCCCCCGAACAGCCGUCCGCCGCCGAACAGAUUCGCGCCUGCGCGGACACCUUGGAGUACUUCGCGCCAAGUCCACCGAAGAAGCUUGCUUUCAAGCGAGCGCAGUUCUCGGAAACUCUGCCGUAUGGCUUUCCCGAUGGGCCGUUCGAGCCAUCGCCUCCAAAGGCUCCGCCGGUGGCCACUCCUGCCCGCAGGCGGCCCACGGCUCUAAGUGUUUCAUCGAGAGUUUCGGCAUUGCCAUGGUCAAUGUGACAUCUGCCCUGUAUGCCCUCUAUGCCCUCAACCUACAGGCGUGGUCCUACGAUCGCGGUCUCGGUCGCGUGCAAGAAGCUACCGCAGAGGGGCAAUUGGACAACGAUCCGCCCUCUGAAUGGCUUCUGGAUGACGACGACUCACCGCUGCCCUCCACUGACUCCCUGGAACACUUUAUGGCAGGCUCGAUCGACUCGGAUAAAAUCGACCGCGAGCAGGCAGCCCGGGACUACGAACUCUAUCGCAACGAUCCAGAGGAGGACCGCGAUCUACCGGAGGGGCCAGUGGAUGUUUCCUUGGCUGACCCUCCAGCGGAGCUGGAAGAGCAUGGUGAAUCGGAGCAGGGGGAAUUCAGCCCCGACCGGACCGUCAUCCAUGACGAUGACACGGCAGCUGCAACCGGAGGAGCGAACACCGCCAUGGCGGAUGCUGACACAGAUAGCAGCACCACUUCUGGCUUCUCCACGGACACGUCUGAGCGAGAAGGGUCUUCUAUGUCAACCUUCUUGAGAACCAACCGGGUGACACUCUCAGCUGGAUUCAUGGCCAUCUUUGACGUCACGAUCGCGAAGAACUAUGUGAAUCGACACAUCUCAUCAUCAUCGAAAAGAUUGCGAACACUUACUGUCAACUUGGACGGCAUGACCUCUGCCACGUAUGAUCACAUGGCGGUCUGGAUGCAAACAGCUCCGUAUGAUGUCCUCUUCCUGCAGGAAACUCAUCGUGGCUUUGGGCCAGAGGCAUCGGAGUGGAAGGUGGGCGGCUGGACCAUUGUUAGCUCUCCUGACAACAAGAGUCGCUUUGCAGGGGUUGCUAUAGCCAUUCGCUCCAGCUUGGCAGGGCAGUAUGUGACGCGAAGUCGAGAGAUUCUACCAGGCCGCAUUUUGCAUGUUCGGCUAAGCGGGAUCAACUAUAGCAUCGAUCUUUUGUCAUGCUAUCAGUAUGUCAUAAGCAGCAGGGAAACAACCGCGGUCAAUGCUUCACGACGAGAACAUUUCUGGACGCUUCUGGGAAGGUGUCUGGCCACGUUGCCACAACGUAAUGUACUAGUGCUGGCUGGUGACUUUAACUGUGCUGUCAGGCGGGAAACAGGAACAGCGGGCCCUGCGGCUCCAGCGGCCAACAAGUACUACUUUGACCAGGACGACUUUUUGAACAUGGCCAAAUCCAACAGCCUUUGUUUCUUGAAUACGUGGACCCACUCCGACCUGAAUGACAUGAAUACUUUCAUCAAUGGCAGCCUUCGAAGUCAAAUCGAUUUCAUUCUGACAAGGAGAAAUCAAGCCGACAACCACGCUCGGCAGGCCAAACCGAUGCCCUCAUUAGACUUCUCUCCUUGGAGGUUAGGUGCCAGACAUCUUCCGGUGCAGGCCACUGUGGCACUGAAGCCUGGCUGGCUCACAUCUACCCCGCAUGCCAAGCCACAGGUGGGCUAUGAUCGCCAAUCCCUGGAAACCUCACUGCGUUCAGGUGAUGACCGGUCUUUACUUUUUCUGGCUGAGGUGCAACAGAAACUUCAGGACCUUGGACAAUACACAGCGGAUAGCCUCAAUGAGCUUCUCUUGGAUUGCUGCAAAUCCAAUUUUCCACUACAGGGCAUCAAGACCAACAAGCGGCCCUGGCAGCAGGUCGUCCGCUCGAUUGCUCCGAAGAUGCAAGGGGGCAAAGUGCGCAUCCGCUCUUUGGAAGGCUGGCACCAGUCAUCCUUGAACAUGACGAAGUACUUCACUCGCUGGGAAAGCUUGGCCGUGGAAGGUCGGUCCUUGCUGGACCCCUUCUUGAAGCCUUUCAUUCUGAGACGAUGGCUGGGUAUCCGCAUCGUUGGGCCCCUAGGGAUUCAAGACGCCUCUGGAAAGGCUCUCGCUCGGGUUCUUAAGGAUAGGCUUUUUGAGCAAAUUAGAGCUAAGCUUGAGCUUUAUCCUCAGUUCGCCUACUUGCGCAAUCGGUCCACAGCAGAUGCAAUCCGAAGAGUUUCGGCACAUUGUGCGGCUGUCCGUCAUAAGCUCACCACAGUCCGCAACACAGUCUAUGCCAAAAGACAAGGGCGAGCCAAACCACGUUUUCUGGGCGGAGCACAGCUUACACUUGACAUGAGCACUGCCUUCGAUCGGCUACCGCGUCGCUACCUGCUGGAAUCAUUGGAAUGGGCAGAGGCAGACCCUGAACUCAUCUCCAUUAUCUUGGAUGCCCACUGUAACUGCAGAUACCAUAUCUUGCAUGAGGGUUACAGCUCCAUGGUUUAUCUUGACAAUGGAGUACGUCAGGGAUGCACGCUUGCUCCACUGCUGUGGGCAUUGUUCAGCGUUUUCCUGUUGUCCAGAAUUGAAGAGCAACUUCAAAGCCAGUGGCCGAGAGACUCCAUGACACUUUAUGCAGAUGAUACACACUGCUUCUGGGAUCUGGACACGCAUCAGGACCUAGAUUUCUUUGUCCGAAGCGCAGUGACUGUCCUAUCUGUGUACCGGAGAUAUGGAAUGAAGAUCAACCCUGAAAAAUCUGCUCUCAUCCUUAGGCUUGGGGGUACACAUGGAGCCCGCUGGCAGAAGCGACACCUGCUACAGUUGGAUGGCAAGCGUUUCUUUCGAUUUUCGCAUGGAGCUGACACGUAUGAUGUACCGAUAGUCAAACAGUUCAAGUAUCUUGGCAUUAUAGCUUCUUAUGGAAGGUUUGAGAAUGCCUCCCUCCGACAUCGGAUACAAGCAGCCAGCUUGGCAAGGCAACGUUUGGCCAAAAUUUUGCAUAAUUCUCGUUACCUCAGCACCAAGCAGAGACUUAGCAUCUACACAGCCUGUGUGCGGACAGUUCUUCUGUACGGCAUUCUUCAUAUGCAACUGACGGAGAAAGACCUGCUGCUCCUACAUCGUCGAGAUAUCAAAUAUGUCCGAGCGGUCGCUAAGUCGCCGGUGCACCUGACUCAUGAAACCACGGAGGCUUUGCUGCAACGACUACAGAUUUCCAGCAUCCGAUCCUGCUUCUUAAAGUAUGCGGUGAAAAGCAUGUUUCAACAUCUGGACCCCAUGGAAGUGGAUGCCUCACUGGGAAAGAGGGGCGGCCCGAUGCAGGAGCCUCAGAUGGGACCGAAGGAGAGCGAGACGAGACCCAAGUACCAGCGUCCCACCUCCAAGGGUCAGGGCGGACAAGGCAAAGGCAUGGCACCCUCACAGGCUACUGGCGAGAACAACGAGGCUGCCCCUGCCCAGUUGGAUCCCCUUGCAGCUGCGGCGGAAGCCCUCAGGAGUCCAGGCCAAUCCAGUACGGGAGCUCAGCAGUCGCAGGGCUCGAAGCAGCCGAAUCGAGACCAGAACUCCCGGCGGAACUGGAGAGGCGGGGGAGGCGGGGGAGGAUGGGGCGGGGGCGGGGGCGGAGGCUGGAAUCAAUCCCGCCGCCACUAUUCGGAUGGCAACGUGCAGGCCCUCGAGGAGAAUGUCAAGCUCCUGGAGGCUGCAGCCUUGAACAAGCUUUAUGCCCUGUCAGUGAGCUGGAAGGAGAAGCGCGAGAAGGGAGAAGUGGACUGUCCCUUGAGACAGGCACUGCUGCUCGGACUUCUGGAGAUUUGGAUCCAGCGACUCGAGGCCAUGACGGCUACCACCCCGGAGGCCGAGGAGUUGCGAGAGAAGGUCAAAGGCCUGGGGUAUGCCACGACCUGGGAUGGCCAGCCGGAGCUCCGCUGGUACUUCAUGCAUUGGAGUGCGACCGACUCGGCCCUGAUCAAGGACACCACCCAGGAGCCCAUGGAGAACAGCAAGGUGAUCGAGACCUUGCAACGGCUACAGGAGGAGGUUCCAUUCGACCAGACGCAUGGCGGAGCAGUACGAAGGGCGACGGUGACCUUCCUCUUGUCGCUAGGACUACGGGAGGAGGCCUCUCACAGGGCCUUUGGUCUCAUGAAGCAGCUGUGUCACAACAUGAGCGGGAAGGUGAUUGGGCUGAGGCUCAAGAUGGCCAAAAUGGAAAGGCAACCUCUGGCUCGAGUGAUCGCAGAACGUUUUCCACCCCCAGUGCAAAACUGGAGGGCUCGUACGGGGCCUCAGCAGGAGACGACAGAUCAGGCGACAGUGGCAGCCACGGCAUCGACGCCGGUUCCAACCGCGGAGCCCACCCUCUGA